UAGAAAAGAACACCGUCUCCAAAAGUGUGUCUGCAACAUUACUGAAACGAAACCUUCCCAUUGGAUUCUCACUACCUUUUGUUUUGUUUUUUAAAUUAAAUCUUUUGAGCAGAAACAGAGAAAGAAAAUUGUGUCGUAGUGGUUCUUUGUUUUAGUUCGAGAUGGAAAGAGAUUUUCUUGGUUUGAGCGACAAGAAGUAUCUCAGCAACGUUAAACGCGAGGCCAACGAUGAUCGUGUCGGAGAACGAGUAUUGAGCAAGAAGGCAGCUAUACAAUGGGGAAAGGCAAAGCUCUUGCCUAAUUCAAAUUUCAUGCCUGAUUUUCAGGCGGGCUCUUACCAGCGGGGCCCAGUUUCUGCGGCCAGCAAUCUCCGCAGAAGCCAAUUUAGCGGUGGUGCGUUUCAGAACGCGAAUCCGCCUUUACUUGGCGGUUCAGUUCCGUUAACUAAUCAUUCUUCUUUUCCGUCUGCUUUUAACUUGUCGGCGGAUGCUCGAGUGGCUUCCUCAGGAUCACUACCUCAGCUCACUAUCUUCUAUGGUGGAACUGUUAGCGUCUUUAAUAAUAUAUCUCCUGAUAAGGCUCAAGCUAUUAUGUUAUGUGCUCGGAACGGUUUGAAAGGAGAAAGAGAGAGCAGUUUGAAGAAACCAGUUCAAGAAACUGAAAGAGUUUAUGGAAAACAAGUCCAUAACGCUGCUGCUGCUGCGGCAUCAUCAAGCUCUGCCACUUACGCUGAUAGUUUCUCUAGGUGUAGAGACAGACCCGUUGGUGCGACUAAUGCAAUGAGCAUGAUCGAAUCAUUCAACGCAGCAGGUCCUGAAAUAUGAUUCCUUCAGGUAUAU